GCCUCCGCUCGCCGGCUGCAGGCGGGCUCCUGCCUCCCGCGCCCAUCACCGCCGCCGCGGGGCACUUCCCCGACUCUUCCUCCGUCCCGGGCCCCGCCGCCAUGGCCCCCGCCAACUCCUCCCGCAACUUCUCCGCGCCGGAGGCUCGCAACGGCUCGGUAGCAGAGAAGCCAGCACCAUACACCAAUGUGAUCAUGCCUAGUCUGUUUGGCAUCAUCUGCUUCCUGGGCAUUGUGGGAAACCUCAUUGUCAUCUAUACCAUUGUCAAGAAGAAGAAGCUGAAGUGCAAGCAGACCGUGCCUGACAUUUUCAUUUUCAAUCUCUCCAUUGUGGACCUCCUCUUCCUCUUGGGCAUGCCAUUCCUCAUCCACCAGCUCCUAGGCAAUGGCUCGUGGUACUUUGGAGCUCCCCUGUGCACCAUCAUCACUGCUCUGGACACCAACAGUCAGAUCACCAGCACCAACAUCCUCACAGUGAUGACCCUAGAUCGUUACCUGGCAACAGUCUACCCUCUGAAAUCCACCUAUGUCCGCACCCCGUGUGUUGCGGCUCUAGUUAUCUGCUUGGUGUGGCUUCUCUCCUUCCUGACCAUCAUUCCCGUGUGGAUGUACGCAGGCCUUAUGCCUCUGGAGGAUGGGACUGUCCGCUGUGCUCUCUUGCUUCCCAACCCAGAGACAGACAUCUACUGGUUCACUCUCUAUCAGUUCAUGCUGGCAUUCGCUGUGCCACUGAUUGUUAUCUGUGUGGUCUAUUUUAAGAUCCUCCAGCACAUGGCCACCACUGUGGUCCCCCUGCCCCAAAGAAGUCUCCGGGUACGUACCAAGAAAGUCACUCGCAUGGCAGUUGCCAUCUGCUCUGCCUUUUUCAUUUGUUGGGCCCCUUUCUACAUCCUCCAGCUGGUUCACCUCGGCAUUGACACCCCAUCCAUGGCCUUCUUUUAUGCCUACAACUUUGCCAUUAGCUUGGGCUAUGCCAACAGCUGCCUCAACCCCUUCCUCUACAUUGCCCUCAGUGAGACCUUCAAGCGCCAGUUCUUGGUGGCCAUUCGCCCUGCAAAAGAACCAUGUCGCAACAGCAGCUCUGUCAACAACAACAGUAUGACAGAGGCCAGCGUCUGUCUAAAACUGGCACCAGAAUCCACUCAGUAGACUCAGUUUCUGGAGGACUUUUCCCCACACUCGCUGCCUGUGACUCCGGCUGUUCACGAGGGGACUCUGAAGUUGCUCCAGGGAAAAGACUUCAGAUUUGUAAGUGUGCAGAGAAGCAGCUACUUCAGACAAUUCUCAGUGAAGCAUGUGAACUACAAGCUGCCGCCUCCAAGAUCUGCAGCCCAGGUGCCUCUCUCUUUCAUCGCAGGGCUCUGCUCUUAGACUGCCCUUGGCCUAUGAGAUGCUGCAUACUGUCUCUUCUUUCCACUGCAGCACAGGAGGACUCUUCUGCCACACUGGAUGUUGCGCUCCCAAAGGAGAUGAAUGGAAAAAGAAAGAGAAAUGACAGAAAGAAGAUAUCGAGGGGGAGCAUUGGCAUGGAGGAAUAAAACCUGUAUAAACACUGCACAGUGAUUCCUCACCCCACGACUUGACCAAUGUUUCUAAGCAACGUGCUGAUAUGGAGCCUCUUGAUUCAAAACUUGAACCUCUGAAAAACAACUUUUAUGUAUUUGUUUUUGGUAAGAAAUCUGACCUGCGAGCUUUGACGUCUGCGCUCUUAUCCUAGAAGCAAAUAGUAGUGAGAUACAUGACGGGGCCAGAUGUCUCACCUAAGUCUGCUGUUUGGUCUUUUGUUCCAGCCCUGUCUGCCUCCAGUGGGCUGCACUGUUUGGCAACCAAUCUAUUUUCCAGAACUAGCUAAUUUUGGUGCCAAUCCUAAAUAUUACAAGCAAAAUCAGGCAGAGGGCAAUUGUAUUGCUUCAAGGGACUGCAGAUCAUUCAGCAAAACUACUGCUGCUAACACCAGAUUUGUAGCUUUUCAUGAUGAGGAGCCUAUUUUCCCAGUGCUAGUUCCUCAUAUUGCUCUUGUGCCUCGCAGCCUGCAUGGCCAUCAGGAACCCCAAGCAGAGGGCUUUAAACACAACUUUAAAAAACACAGUGUACAGAGACCUGUGGAGUGAGAGGAUGUGGAAAGGCAGCUCAGAGGAAGCCAAGUUGCUUUUGCAGCUUCCACAAAAUAGCAAAUACUUUACAAAGUUAAAGAGGAAAAAUUAAAUGUCUGGUUUUUUACAUGUGGCUUUAGCAGUCAGUGAUUAGGAAAUAAUUUUGCUCAUUACAAAGACUAAAGAAAAGGCAGCUCAGAUCAGCUAAAUACUGGGGAUUACACUGAUAGACUGCACAGGACUCCCAGGGGACAGCAAAGGCAGUGUUAAGCAUUUUGUCAAACGUGGAGAAACUGGCUGUUGUAGAUGAAUUUGAUGUAAAGAAGCAUUACAGAUAUCACAGAGCACAGAAGAACGUUAGCACGCUCGCAGUUUCGUGCCGCCAGCCAGCCGCGAUAGCCCCAGAACAGGAAUUGCCAUUCACCCUUACGCAGCUGAACAGCCAAACCGUCCCUCGCGCAGGACUUGAAGCCGCAUGCCUGCUUACAGGUGUAUCUCCUGCACACACAGCACACUCGCGUGUAUUUAAGUACAGUUGACACUUCAGUACACACCCGGGGAGAACAAAUAGCCAUUCAUCCAUCUCCAGUGAUCAAAGCAGGCCGGCGUGCAAGAACAGCACUUAAGAACGUCAGAUACACAGAGCUGCUUUUCAAGUCAUUGAACAAAUCGCACAACGGGGCCUCUGUAUUUUCCUUCCAGGCUCUACCUCCACCCGCCACAGAUGUAUAUCCACACUGCAACCAUACGGUAUUUUUGUCAAUUUUGUUCUCUUCUCCUGGACAAUGAAGCCAGACAGACUUGUAUGGAGCUUUUAUACUACGAGACUUUCAAAUGUUUGCCCCAUCUAGACUGCCAGGAAUUUUCACCUGUGCUGGUUUUCAUGGGACUUUGCUCUUUGGUCAGUAAUUUCCAUGAAGAGCUCAGAAACGAAGGCCAGAGAUGUGUGCUCUGCCAAAAAACACUUGCUCUCAAGUAAAGAUAUUGUGUUAUUUUUCUCCUAUGAGGAAGCUGAAGGGAGGAUUGGGACUUUUCUCUGUGAAAGGAGGUAGUAAAGGUUGGGGUUUCUUUUUCCUUUAAUAACAGCAAUGUGGAAAGUAUGACGGAAGGGAAAAAACAGUCGAGCUGAAUUGUCAGGGCUCUCAGAAAACUGCACACUGAAGAUGUUAUCUCGCUUAUAAUAAAGGUGUUUAUGGUUGAA